GCUCAAGUUGGAAUGCUGCCAUACUGAACAAAAUAACUAUCCAGCGCGCAUGUCCUUGUGAGUAAAAUGUGGGCACCGAACAGGACACAGGAAAAAAUCGAUAGUAUCCCAGUUAGGAGCUUUCGUCGCAGUGCAAGCUUGUUGAAUAGAAUCGCAAUCUACGGGAGGAAACCUCGGAUAGGCAAGAUAUUGGGAAAUACCAUCGCAUACCAGGCGAUGCAAUGAAUCCCGUUCCGAGCCGCGAGUUUCUGGAGGUUCAUCCGCUGCACCAGCAUCAACCACACUGCAAGCAGCAAUGUUUUGUAUUCACUGAGAUAGCGGACAUCGAACUGCCCGCGGAGAUAACCAAGUUCGGAGGUGGAAAUGAAAAGAUUAGGUGCUCCAACGGGGGCAUCCCCACCUACAGCUCCAAGAAGGACUCCUGCAGCGAGUCCUCGGCGGAACGACCGGAGAGAUCACGAGGACGAAAGAUUUUGCUAGGCGUUGGUGUGGUCCUCGUGUGCAUAGCCAUGGCGGGAGGCAUUCCGCUGGCCCUCCAGUUGCGCUCCUCGUCGCUCCUGGAGGCCCGACUCGCCUUCAUCCGCCGCCUGCUGACGGAGUCCCCCCUGAUCGAGGGCUCGUGGAAGCCACCGAGCACCAUGAGCCUGAACAGCAGCAACCUCUUCGAGGUGCGGCAGAAUCACAUCGGUGCUGUGCUCUGGCCCAUUGCUGUGCCGUGCGGAGCUCAGUACCUGGAUGCAGUGCAGCUCACACUGGAGGGCAUUGAUAGGGCCAAGCGGAUUACCGCCGCCACGGACUCCAUGCACAUCGUCGAAUCAGCUGAUGAAAUGGAGCAGACUCACAUCCGCGGCGAGGUGGCUGUUCUAAUGGGUAUCAGUGGAGGUCAUGCUCUGGGCACCAGCACGGCCGUCUUGCGCUCCAUCUACCUGCUGGGAGCACGAUUCGUCUCGAUUACGAGCCUGGAGUGCACCACUCCUUGGGCGGCGGCAGCAAUCCGGAGACCCGACUAUCUUGUUGAGGAAAAUGUUACAAAUUCAUUCAACGAAUUUGGACAGACCAUGCUCUUUGAGAUGAACCGCCUGGGCAUGCUGGUGGAGAUUUCGAUGCUCAGCGAGGCUGCCAUGUUGGCGGUCUUGAAAACCGCCAAAGCUCCUGUUUUACUCACGAAUGCCACACCGCUGUCCAUGUGUAAUAGCAGCAACAUCGCUUCCAUUCCAGACCAUGUCCUCAGCCUAUUGCCGGAAAAUGGAGGCGUUAUCUUGCUCAACCUGGAGCGGUGUGGCGAUCGGACUCUGGGCGUUCGCGAGGCCAUCACUGCAAUCAACUAUGUGCGCAAGGUGGCGGGAGUGGAUCACAUUGGACUCGGAGGAGCUCCGAAGAGCUAUGCCCUGCUACUUGCCGAACUGGCAAGGGAUAGGGUGUGGGGCAAUGCUGCUAUUAAGAAGCUGGUUGGAGGAAAUGUGAUGCGGAUUCUGCGGGAGAUCGAGACCAUGAAGAACCGAUUGCCCUUGUAUGAGGAGUGGAUUCCGCACGAGUCCAUCGAAAGCAAUUCAUAUUGCCGAUACCCCGAGUCUUAGAACCAACUUCUUUUACAGACUCUAGCGAUUGUUCUCACAUAAUUACUAUAAUAUUUAAUUAAAUUAUUAAAGUACAA